AUGAACAAAUUAAAGCUUUAUAAUUCCAUUACAAGACGAUUAGAAGAAUUUAAGCCAAUUAAUGACAGAGAUGUUAAAAUUUAUAUAUGUGGACCUACUGUUUAUGAUAGUCCUCAUGUAGGACAUGCUAGAACUUAUGUUUCAUUUGAUGUUAUAAGAAGAGUCUUAAAAAACUAUUUCAAUUAUGGUGUGACAUUAACAAUGAAUAUUACUAACAUUGAUGAUAAGAUUAUUAAAAGAGCUAAUGAAAUGAAUAUUGAUUAUAAAGAUUUAACUAAUAAGUAUGAAAAUGAGUUUUUUCUUGAGAUGGAGAAAUUAAAUGUUCUUAAACCAGAUUUUAUUACAAGAGUGGAUGAUUACGUUGAAGAAAUUAAAAAAUUUAUUGAAAAGUUAGAAGAUGAUGGAUUUGCAUAUUUGGCUGAUGAUAAGAGUGUUUAUUUUGAUAUAAAUAAGUUUAAGGAGGCAGAUUUUAAUUAUUUUGUGCUUAGACCGGAAACUAAAAAAAAUACAGUUGUUUUAGAAGGUGAAAAGGAAAGCAGUGUUAAAAGAAAUGAAAAUGAUUUUGUACUUUGGAAACAUUCAAAGAAAGGUGAACCUGAAUAUGAAUCUAAAUGGGGCAUGGGUAGGCCUGGCUGGCAUAUUGAAUGUUCAGUUAUGGCAUCAGAGAUAUUUGGACCUAAACUUGAUAUUCAUGCUGGAGGAGUGGAUUUAGCAUUUCCUCAUCAUGAAAAUGAAAUUGCUCAAUGUGUUGCUUAUUUUAAAGAUAGUAAUUGGACUAAUUACUUUUUACAUACCGGACAUCUUAAUAUUGAUGGAAGAAAAAUGGCAAAAAGUUUAAAGAAUUUUUUUACUAUUUCGGAAAUUUUGGAAAAAGUGAGUUCUACAGUUUUAAGGUUCUUUUUUAUUCAACACUCGUGGGAUGGACCUAUGAAUUAUGAUGUUGGGCAAUUCGAGAGGGCUGAAGUGACUUUAAAUAAGUUUAACACUUUCUUUUCUAAUAUUGAUGCUAUAAUAUUAAGUAAUAGUCUUUUAAAAACAGUUUCUAUAAAUGGAAAUGAUAAACUUAUGUAUCAGAAAUAUAUUAAUUUAAAGCAAAAUGUACACACUGCCCUAUGUAAUAACAUAAACACACCUAAAGUAAUUGAAUUACUCAAUUCUUUUGUAAGUGAAGUUAAUAAAGAAAUUAACGCACUAAACACAGAUAUUCUUAGAUUAAUAAUUAAUUAUAUUAAAGAUAUGCUCAACUUGUUUGGGAUUUAUAAAGAAGAAAAUAAGUCAGAAAGCUUGGUUGAAGAAAAACUGGCAUUAGUUCUAAAUGAUUAUAGAAAUGAUAUUAGGAGAUUAGUUAAGUCUAAUUCUGAUAAAAAAGAAUAUUUUAUUUUGUCAGAUAAUUUAAGAAACAAGGUUAGUGAAUUAGGUUACAUUAUUGAAGAUACUGGCAGUAAAUCAAUUAUUAGAAAGAAAUAA